AAAAUGGCCUGGUCAAGAUUUUUCGUUGGAAAUUACUUGGCAAAUCUCAGUAAUAACGUUAUAAAUCCGUUAUUAUCAGACCCAAAUACAUAUACAAGGCCCCUCGUCCUCUUUGAUCAACGAAGAUACAGCAGAAGAACCAAGACUCCUCCAAAAUGGUUGGCACGGCGAUGGCCAUCUGUUUCUAGUAAAGGAGAGCUCACUCCCGAUAAUCAGGAGUUCAUAAAUAAGCUUGUGAUUCAAAAAUACCAGAAUAUUGAGAGUCCACUGAAGGAUGGUCCGUGGGAACGAGGAACAUGGAGCCCAAUGACGUUCAGAUGUGGGUUGUUGGGUAUCAAAAUUGGUGUUCAACCUCAGUGGUUCAAAAAUGGGAAGAAAAUAUCCACGACAUUGAUACAAAUCGUUGACAACCAUGUAAUACGAUAUACACCUCCAGAUCAACUACCAAAGAACGCCCCAUACUCUGUGGUGCAUCCUUCUUGGCGCGGAAAAUAUGGUUUCCAGGUUGUUGGAGCAUUAAGCACUGAUCCACAGUGGUUUUCAAAAGAGUACAACAAUCUGUUUAAAGAUGCUGGUGUCCCACCUAAACGGAAGCUGUGUCGAUUCCUAGUCACACCAGAUGCAGCAGUACAACCUGGUACACCUCUGUCAGUGAAUCACUUCAGUGUUGGAGACUAUGUCGAUGUCGAGGGAAGAACGAUUGACCAUGGUUUCCAAGGUGUUGUAAAGAGAUGGGGUUUCAAAGGUGGUCCAGCCUCCCACGGGAAUACCAAGUGGCAUCGCAGGCCAGGCUCAAUCAGUGGAGGGGAUUCGUCUAGGGUUCAUAAGGGGAAAAAGAUGCCUGGUCAUAUGGGAGAGGAGAGGCGUGAACUCCGAGGGCUCAAGAUUCUGCGCAUUAAUACUAAGUACAACAUCUUAUACGUGGUGGGCGGCAAUCUACCGGGACUAACCCAUGGUUAUCUUAAAGUCACAGACUCUGUCCUUCAUUAUCGAAAGGCACAACUAAUUGAAAAUCCACCACCGAUGCCAACGUGGCAUGCAGAGGACUGCCAGGAAUCAUUGCCGGAGGAAUUAUAUGAUGAAUCUCUGUUUCAAUUUACGGAUAAUUCCCUACAAUUGAAAGAGGAAAGUAACUGAUAGACUUUGGAAUAUGGAUGUUCUCAAUUCUUUAAGAGUUUUUGGUGUCAUCUUCUCAGCUUAGGAGACUUUUGUUGACUCAACAUUUCUCCAAUUGAAAGUACGAUCUUUUUGGAAUACAAGCAUUUCUUAAGGAAGUUCUGUGCUUUUCAGAGAUGGAGCUCACUUGUGUGAAAAAGAUUAAUGUGAUGUCUCGUAAAGAGAGGCUGACACUAGACUAAAUUCAGCCACAUCUGCCAUGUAUCAGGUUGUGAAUGAAGUAUUGUAUUUGACCAAUCAUGUUUUUGUUUAAAAAAUUGAAGAAGUUAUCAAAGAUAAUUUUGUCGUAUGAACUCAAAUAUUAACAAUGAAA